AUGGACUUGAAAGAAGACACUUCGAACCUAGCGGUGUUGGAGAGUUUAGCCAAGUACUUCAACGACUCAUGUGAUAGGGUUAAAGAGCAGAAGGCUAAGGCCGCAGCGAAGAAGAACGAACCAAUGGCAGGUGCGGUCAAUGUCGCGUCUGAACAAGAAAGCGGAGGUCUGUAUGGACGUUUUGUUAUAGCCGACACGCAGGUGACGUGUCUAGUUGAUCCUGGUGCUGACAAGAACAUCAUCA